AUAGUUAAAUUAUCGAGAGCUCACUCCUUAAAUUCCUUUACUCGUAGAACUGCGGCCUAUCCUCCUUUCAAGUUUUAAUUGGCUUUAGGUUUAUAAAUCUGAAUAAAUCAACGUUUGUACAUAGUGUUUCCAUGUAUUAAAACUAAACCGUGCUACUAAAAGAGAGGUUUUGUCUUUUUCGACAACGCCUAUCCCAGUCCUACCUAUUUCUUUCAUUCUUCUCACUUGUGCCACUUGCUUUGCAUAUUUGGUUAUUCUACUAAUUUCUCUCAUUUUGAUAUUGUCUAACAAAAUUACAAGAACUUAUGCAAGUCUUAUGACACUAAUAUACAGGUAGGUGACUAAUAUACAGGUAAGACGGUGUCAAGUGUUGACAGGUGAUUAAUCUAGUAAAUAAUGCAAGAUUUCGAGAUUGUACCGAGUAGAAGAUAAUCCUAUAAUAAAUUUUAGUUAAAAUAUACUUGAAUAUAUAAGUUACGAUACAAAUUGAUUCUGUAUGGGGAAAAUUUUUAAUUAAAGUGUUUCACAAGAAGUAUCUAAUAUAACCUUAAAUCAAUGAUGCGAUAUACAAGCUCAAACUCGGAAAAGAAAUACGCACGUUAUUGCGUUCUGCAAUUGGAGAGAUAUUUAAAAACUCAAAGCCAUAACAAAGCUUUGUAUGUAUAUUUUUUGGCCUUUUUUGCAGGUAUUGAAAGCUCUAUAGCUGUCAGAUAAGAAUGGCUUUGGUUAUGUCCAAGAAACAGGACAAAAUGGACAAUAAUAUUGUCGCCGUGAAAAGUAAAUUUGAUGCCGAUAUCAUCCGAUUUUCCAUGAAUCGAAAUGAGCCUAUGAGAUACGAAGAGUUUGGGAUGCUUCUAGCACAGCGCCACGCUAUAGGAAAAGAUUUUAAUUUUUCAAUAUGCCACGCGGAUACUGACGGAGAUUUGCUUCCCAUAAAUAAUGAUAAUAAUCUGGCUAGAGCUUUGCUAGCUGCCAGAUGUUUGUUAAGAAUAUUUAUUCAAAGAAAAGGUGAUGGAACGUGGGAUAAUGUACAUGGGACAAUAAAAACAAAAAAUUUUAUAUCUAGUAUAUUGGGCACACCUGGAAGACCGAAACCUAUUGCUAUUUCAAAUCCACAUGAUUUUAGACAAGUGUCCGCCAUUAUCGACGUCGACAUUCUGCCAGAAACUUGUCGACGGGUACGUCUUUUAAAACAUGGUUCGGACAAACCUCUAGGAUUUUAUAUCAAGGACGGCGAAAGUUACCGCGUACUGCCACCGUCUGCUGGUGGAGGAAUCGAAAGAGUUCCAGGAGUAUUCAUCAGUAGAUUGGUGCCAGGUGGUCUAGCAGAGAGCACAGGACUUUUAGCUGUAAACGAUGAAGUCCUGGAAGUAAACGGUAUAGAAGUUGCAGGCAAAACGCUUGACCAAGUAACGGAUAUGAUGAUAGCAAAUUCAUCUAAUCUCAUCAUAACUGUCAAACCAGCAAACCAGAGGACAGCGUUAUCCGUAUCUCGUCACGGUUCAUUCUCGCGCAACAGCCAAUUGUCAACAAGAAGUCACCAGUCUACACAAAGCGCCGACAGUGAUGAGGAGACGGAUGAAAUUGUUGAUCUCACGGGCUUGACGGUGUAGGACGCUCCGACAUCAUCCACGUGGAGCACCGUCACCAUUAUCGUUACAGCAUCAUGUUUAUCGAAUUGUACAUCAAAUAGUUAUUAUUCUGCUUCAUGUAUGUUCUUAUACGCAUAUAUACUUUAAUAUAUAUUAUAUUACUUAUAUUAUUUAUUAUUUUAUAUUUAUGCGUAUUUCUAUACGCGUUAUACAUUUAUGUUGUAUGUAUUUUUAUUAAAAUUACUUUACGUUUAUUGUAGCCAUAAGCAUUUUAUUAUAUGCACAUAUAUACACACACACACAUGUAUAAUAUAUUUUUACAAUAUAUAUAUAUUUUUUUAAUAUUUAUUUUAUUAUAGUAAAAGUAUAGUAGUAGAUAAACUGUGAAAAA